AUGCUGAUGAGUUAAUCGAUAAAUCUGAGAGCAUUUAGUAAUGAGAUUAAGAAAUAGGAUUUCUUGAAUGUACUUGGUGAUGUCUCUCCUACAACUCUCGAAGAAGUUAAAAAUGAUGUCAAUAGUGGUGGCAUUAACAGUGGCAAAAAAUAAAAAUUAAAGAAAAAUGCAUUGACUAAUGACAUUAAAAACAAUAUUAAGGAGUUGACUACUGAUUCUAAAGAUAUUGUUCCUGAUAGAACUAAGCCAGCCAAAACAAGGACACCAAAACCUAAAAAGAAUGCUGAGAAGUCAUCAAGCAGCAGCAUGUCUAUCACUUCUUUGACAGAAGAAGAUAUGAAAGCUUAAGAACCAGAGGCGAAAGUAAACGAAGAGUUUAAGGUCAGAUUGAAAAAUGGUGUCAAUGAGGCCAUCAAGAACCUGAACAUAGAAGGAACGACUAUAAUUAGAACGAGAAAUGAAGCAAAAGAAGCAGUUAAGAUUUUGAAGCAGUAUGGGGACAGAGUGCAUGCUUGGGAUACUGAGACUAUCAAUAUAGAUGCUAAGGAAGAUAGUCCAGUAGGACAUGGCACGAUUAUUUGUGCCUCAGUAUUCAUUGGGCCUGAAGUAGACUUCGGCAAUGGGCCAAGGUUGUUUAUUGAUAACUAUGCUGAUGCAGAGGGAGUAAUAAUGGAAUUCAAAGAGUAUCUUGAGGAUACAAAGUACAAAAAGUGUUGGCACAAUUACGGGUUCGAUAGACACAUCUUUUUUAAUCAUAACAUUGAUGUCAAAGGCUUCGGAGGAGAUACCAUGCAUCUAGCUAGACUGCAUGACCCUUCAAGAAUGCCUAACUAGUAUGCACUCUCUGCUCUGACUGACAUUUUGCAGAUUGAUAUUUUAGAGACUAGGAAUAGGUACAUUGAAGAUAAAAGAAAAGAGUUAUAGAAUGAUCCAGUUUAAAAUGAAUAGUAAUUAAAAUGCUUGACAAGUUAUGAAAAGAAUUGUGAAAAGAUUACCAAAAUCAACAUAAAGGAGACUUUUGGAUUUUAUAGGGAAUUGAAGGAUGGCACUUAAGGAAAGAUUAUGAUCUUCCCAAACAUUGAGGAGAUGCACACUGAUGAAAAGCAUGUAUUGAACUGGGUUAACUACUCAUGCUUUGAUGCAGAGAUCACCUUUUUCCUAAAGGAAACACUCUCAAAUAUGCUAUGCUAAUUAAAAACUGAAGAAGAGGGUCUAGGUGAUAUGCUUAAGUUAUACACCAAGUACUGGUUACCGUUCGGAGAAUUACUCACUGAUAUGGAAAGAGUUGGCAUUAAAGUGGAUACAGAUUAUCUUAAAGAUAUACAGUUAAGAGCUGAAAAGGACAAAAUUGAAUACGAGUAGAAAUUUCUUGACUGGAUCCAUUCGGUUCAACCUGAUGCUAGGGAAUUUAAUGCCUCAAGUGCUCAUUAGCUGUCUCAGCUGAUGUUUGCCCCAUUUAAUAAAAAGGGAGUUACUUACUUUAGUAAAGAAAAUGAAUAGGAAUUUGAAUAUCCAAAAGAGAGAGCUUUCAGAGUAGAGAAUGUAGCUGGUUUUGUUAAAGACGGUAAAACUUCGCCACUCAAAUUUAGGGAAAUGAUAAUAUCAGGAAUGGGGAUUAAGCCUAUUGAAUACACCUUAAGUGGACUCCCAUCUGCAGAUACCCCAGUCAUUAAGGUUCUUGCUGGAAGCAAUCCAGAGAAGGGGAAGUACGGAAAAGCUUAUGAGCAUUUUGAUUCAAUCGGCUAACCUUAGCUGGGAAUUGAUUGCAGUAUCGCACUUCAGAAUUGGCUUAAAUUUAAGUCUAUUGAGACUCUUUUGAAUACAUACAUCAUUCCUCUGUAGAGAGCCCCAGAUAAGAGUGGCAGAAUUCACUGCAGUAUGAAUCUUAAUACAGAAACAGGAAGACUCAGCUGCAGAAAACCAAAUCUUCAAAAUCAGCCUGCUCUGGACAAAGAUCAGUAUAAAAUAAGGAAAGCAUUCGUUGCUGAACCUGGCAAGAGGUUCAUUGUUGCUGACUAUGGACAGCUAGAACUUAGAAUUCUUGCACAUAUGACUGAUUGUAAGGGAAUGAUUGAAGCCUUUAAGCUUGGAGGUGAUUUCCAUUCCAGAACUGCUUUAGGAAUGUACCCAGAGAUUAAAAGUGAACUUUAAGAGGGCAAUAUACUUUUGGAAUGGGAUUACUCAUAAGGAGCUCCACCUAAGCCAUUGCUUAAAGAUAAAUUUGCAAAUGAAAGAAAGAAGGCAAAGAUCAUGAACUUUUCAAUUGCUUAUGGCAAGACUGUUCAUGGAUUCAUGAAGGAUUGGAAUUGCUCCAGAGAAGAGGCUGAGAAUACAGUUAAUCUUUGGUAUGCAGAUAGACCAGAGGUCAAGCAAUGGCAAUCUAAUGUAUAAUUUAUUGCCAAAAGUAGAGGAUGGACUCAGACACUUCUAGGGAGAUAUCGAAACUUAACAAAACAUUUUGAAGCUAAAGAAAAUGAUAUAGGCAAAAGUUAUAAAGGCUAGAUGAGGAGAGAACAUGGUCUGAGAGCAGCAAUUAAUACACCAAUCCAAGGUGGAGCUGCUGAUGUAGUUGCUGCUGCAAUGGUCAAGUUGCAUAAAGAUUAAAAGCUUAAGGAUCUAGGCUACAAACUUCUCUUAUAAAUUCAUGAUGAAGUCAUACUGGAAGGACCAGAAGACUUGGCUUAACAAGCACUCGAUAGAGUAAGAUUCAUAAUGGAGAAUCCCUUAGAUCACCCAUUAAGAGUUAAGCUAGAGGUAGAUGCCAAGAUAGCAAGUAACUGGUACGAAGGCAAAUGA